AAAGANAAAAAAAAAAAAAAAGGAAAAAAGACCCCUCUGAUUCAUUAUCAAGUCUCUAGCUGCUGGCAAUAAAUAUCAGAGCCCAUACAUAGAGAAGAAAGUUUUUUGUAUGGCUUCAAAUCACCCAAUAAACUGCCCACCAUUUGACUUUUCUGCAAAGUAUUAUUACCAUGGAGAAAGUGGCAGUUGUGUGAGGCAGAGCAGUUUUUUUGGAGGCAAAGCCGUGCUCAAUCAAGGGAUUGGAUACUCUGUUAUUCUUGGAUUUGGCGCCUUUUUUGCUGUUUUCACCUCUUUCCUGGUAUGGCUUGAAAAGAGAUAUGUUGGAUCUCGUCAUACGUCCGAAUGGUUCAAUACCGCUGGUAGAAAUGUCAAAACGGGCCUAAUUGCCAGCGUAAUCGUCUCCCAGGUACUACUCUUUGGUGUAAUGGCCAUCGAGAUCAAAAGAAAAGCUCCUCGCGCACACACUGUUUGUGAAAUUGUCAAGGCGAGAUGGGGAACUGCAGCUCAUGUUGUGUUUCUAACAUUUUGCUUCAUGACGAACAUUAUUGUGACUGCCAUGCUCCUUCUCGGUGGCUCUGCAGUUGUGAAUGCCCUAACAGGCGUGAACAUUUAUGCUGCAAGUUUCUUAAUACCUCUUGGUGUUAUAGUGUACACAUUAGCUGGAGGCCUAAAGGCCACCUUUUUGGCAAGCUACAUUCAUUCUGUAAUAGUACAUGUAGUUUUGGUCAUAUUUGUGUACCUAGUGUAUGUUUCGAGCAGUGAACUCGGUAGCCCAAGCAUCGUAUACAGACGCCUGCUCGAGAUCGCCAGCAAGGCACGAAACUGUGAAGAUCCAAUUUCCCACGCCGGCCAAUCUUGUGGGCCCGUCACAGGUAACCACAAAGGCUCUUAUGCCACGAUGCUGAGCUCUGGAGGCCUUGUCUUUGGCAUAAUCAACAUCGUCGGGAAUUUCGGUACAGUUUUUGUUGACAAUGGGUAUUGGGUGAGUGCGAUUGCUGCUAGGCCAUCUUCAACUCAUAAGGGCUAUUUGUUGGGUGGACUAGUGUGGUUUGCUGUACCAUUUUCUCUUGCAACUUCACUUGGGUUAGGAGCAUUGGCACUUGAUUUGCCGCUAACUGCAGCCGAGGCGAGUCACGGGCUCGUCCCGCCUGCUACAGCAAUUGCCUUGAUGGGGAAGGGAGGAUCCAUACUUCUUCUCACCAUGCUUUUUAUGGCCGUCACGUCCGCGGGCUCCUCCGAGCUAAUCGCCGUCUCGUCUCUAUGCACGUACGACAUAUACCGCACAUACAUAAAUCCCCACGCGACCGGAAAACAAAUUCUCAAAGUGUCGAGGGCCGUUGUCUUAACAUUCGGCUGUCUCAUGGGAAUCCUAGCCGUCAUCCUAAACAAAGCCGGCGUGUCCCUCGGUUGGAUGUACUUAGCAAUGGGUGUCUUCAUAGGCUCCGCCGUCAUCCCCAUAGCCUUCUUGCUCCUCUCGACAAAAGCGAAUGCAAAAGGCGCCGUUUUCGGCACGAUCUUCGGUUGCUUGCUCGGGAUCACGACUUGGCUCACGGUCACCAAAGUCGAGUACGGGCGAGUGAAUCUCGACACGACCGGGAGGAACGGGCCCAUGUUGGCGGGUAACUUGGUUUCGAUACUCGUGGGUGGGGCGAUUCACGGCGUGUGUAGUUUGAUUUGGCCGCAAGAUUACGAUUGGGGGACGACUAAGAAAAUUACGAUGGUCGAGAAGGAUGAUAAGAGCGAGUUGUCAGCUGACGAGUUUAAGGAGGAGAAGUUGAGUAGGGCAAAGGGGUGGAUUGUGAAAUGGGGGCAAUUCAGCAAGGGAUACUUCACAUUCUGGGCAGUGAUUGCCAUUGCGUGGGGCACAAUUGCUUCGGCCGUGAUCAUAGCUCUGCCGUUAAUCGAAAGCCGGGAGACGAUUCGAAACGUAAUUCUUGGCAUGUUCACGAACGACAGGUUAAUGGAGAAAAUGGAAGAGAUUAACUUGAAGCUGCAAACGAUCAUCUCAUCGAUGCCGGAAGUGGAAAGAGCUUACUUGCUCGAGAAAGGGAAGAUGAAGAAAAAAGAAGCGUUGGAAAUAGAUCAAGUUCAUAUCUUGCCCGCGUAAUGUUUUAGUAUCAAUGAUAGUUGAAUAAAGUAAAUGUUCAAACAGAUUUUAACAUAUGCAGUGUUCAUUACAUAUUACUUGAGGCUUCAUUUGUCUUUAGAAAUUGCUCAUUACUUUUUUUUUUUUUNUUUUUUUUUUUUUAGUGCAUGAUUCUCUAUUUUGAACUAAUAAUACCAGUACAAGAAAAUAUGUGGAGAUCAGCAAAAAUAUAUUUUAGGGUGCCAAUUUGUCC